UUCCUUCUCUCGGUGGGCUCAUCAGUCUUUCCUGUCUUUUUGCCAAGUGUGUUCUGCCCUCGCGCUCGUGCAUAGGGUGUGAGCACAACAAGCUGCCAAGAUGUCUGAGAAAAAGUUGACAUCCAGCCGCAGGUAUCACUUGAAGAGCCUGCUGCUCUCUAUUGCCGCUGGCUUGCUGGAGGCUGAAGCCAAGCAGCUUGUGGAAGACAAGGAGUCUUACAUAAAUGAGCACUGCCCAUCACUCAGCCUUCCGAGCUCUGUGCAGGAGCUGCAGGAGCUGUGCAAGAAACUACACCAGAAUAUCGAUAAGGUUGAUGAGGAAAGAUACGACUUGGAAGCCAAAGUAACAAAAGGAGACAAAGAGAUUGAGGAUCUGAAGAUUAAGGUGGUCGAUCUAAAGGGCAAGUUCAAGAAGCCUGUGCUGAGGAAAGUGCGCAUGUCAGCUGAUCAGAUGCUUCAGGCUCUGCUCGGCUCCAAACACAAGGUGUCUCUGGAUCUGAGAGCCAACCUGAAACAAGUGAAGAAGGAGGUCAAGGAAGAGUCUGUUGAACAAGUUGGCGACUGGCGUAAGAACAUUGAGGAUAAGGCUGGUAUGGAUGGCAGGAAGAAGAUGUUUGAGUCCGAGGCUUAAAAGACAAUGCGAUUAUAGUCUAAUAAAUCUUAAUUUAUCUCUGGCAGUCGUUCUGUAACCUCCACAAACAAACACACACACAUACCAUUGUUUCAAUAAAAGUGUUUUACUGAUCA